ACUCGAGCUCUCUUCUGGGUUGUGUUAAGGGUGCGGCUGCAGCUUCCCGUCCUUACUAAUAAUAUCUGGCAGUUAUUAUUUGUCAGUUUUGUAAGGGGGAGAGGUCUCUGGGUUGAUGUUUGCUGGCGAUGGGUUGCUGUGGAGGUGAAGAGGCCUUCAUUUAUAUCGCACAUUUCACAACCUCAAGACAUUCCAAAGCACGUUUUGGCCCUUGAAGGACUUUGAAGCAGAGUUACUCUUAUAGGAAAAAAACAUACGUUGUGCAAUUUUCAGGACAUCUCAAGGAGGGCUCCGCUAGACAAUGGAAGCCACUCGAGCAACGCAGCUGCACAGAUGUCCUGUGGUUGCUGAUACUUAUUUUGUUCUGCAUUGGCAUGGCUGUCAUUUGUGGCUUUGCAAUAGCUUCUGGAGCAGCACAGAGGCUGGUAUAUGGCUAUGAUAGCUAUGGAAACAUCUGCGGUCAAAAGAACACCAAAGUAGGUGGAAAGGAACAGAGUGGCCUUGAUCACACGAACAAUAAGUAUGUCUUUUUCUUGGACCCCUGUAACUUGGACACUGUCACUUUCAAAAUCAAAUCCAAGGCACUGUGUGUGGCUAAAUGCCCAGAAACGGCCCUGAACACACUCAAGGAGCUUCAGAAUUUUGCCUUCAACGAUGGAUCUAAAUUGUGCGAUUAUAAGCUCAAGCCAGAAGAUUAUACAUCACGCAGUGUGGGUUUGUGUCCAAAACUUCCUGUUAAACCAAGUAAACCUAUACCAUUCUUCCAUCGUUGUGUCCCAGAUGGAAUUGGCUGCUUUGUCAACUUUAUUAAGGCCCUGACCACCUUCGUCAGUGACAAUAGUGUCUUGCAGAGAGUGAUUACUGGAGUAAUGACCAGCAAAGAAAUUAUAGUGGGACUUUGCUUUUUAUCUCUAGUUUUGUCGAUGUUGUUAAUGGUUGUAAUCAGAUACAUCUCCCGAGUGCUUGUUUGGAUCCUUGCAAUUCUCACCAUCCUUGGUUCAAUUGGUGGUACAGCUGUCCUUUGGUGGCUAUACGCUGAUGGAAAGAAAUCAGCCGCUGAUGGAAAGAAAUCAGCCAAAGAGAAGUUAAUUGAAGACCCGGAAAUUGCAGAAGAUAAUGUUAAGGCUCUUUUGGUGUAUGCCAUUGUUGCAACAGUAGUCACGGUAAUUUUACUGUUACUGAUGCUAAUAAUGAGGAAGCGAGUGGCUCUUACGAUAGCCUUAUUCCACGUGGCAGGGAAAGUGUUUGUUCACAUUCCACUCCUAGUCUUUCAACCCCUCUGGACAUUUGUGGCCUUGGUGUUAUUUUGGACCUAUUGGGUUGCAGUCCUACUUUUAUUGGGCACAGCAGGAUAUCCUGAAAAAACAACUGACGACAACAUUGAAUUUAGAAUGUCUGGCCCAUUACAGUAUACAUGGAUUUAUCAUCUAGUUGGCCUCAUCUGGAUCAGUGAAUUCAUAUUGGCCUGUCAGCAGAUGACUGUGGCUGGAGCUGUCGUAACCUACUAUUUUACACGGGACAAGAAUAAGUUGCCAACAACUCCAAUUCUUUCUUCCAUAUGUCGACUGAUUAAAUACCAUCUAGGAACAGUGGCCAAAGGCUCCUUCAUCAUCACCUUAGUAAAGAUCCCACGACUGAUCCUCAUGUAUAUUCACAAUCAACUCAAAGGCAAGGAAAAUGCUGUUGCAAAAUGCAUGCUAAAAGCUUGCAUGUGCUGCCUCUGGUGUUUAGAAAAGUGCCUGCUCUACCUAAAUAGGAAUGCAUAUGUAGCGACAGCCAUAAACAGCACUAGCUUCUGCACGUCCGCCAGGGAUGCCAUGCUGAUCCUGAUAGAGAAUGCUUUGAAUGUGGCUGCUAUAAACACAGUCGGUGAUUUUGUGCUGUUUCUAGGAAAGGUGCUCAUUGUGUUAAUCACGGGUAUAAUUGGGAUUGUACUACUCAACCACCAGCGAGAUUACACUGUGUGGGUCUUACCGCUUAUUAUUGUUUGCCUGUUUGCCUUCUUUGUGUCACACUGCUUCUUGUCCACAUACGAGAUGGUGGUAGAUGUUCUUUUCCUCUGCUUUGCUGUUGACACCAAAAACAAUGAUGGGUCUCCUGGACAUGAAUAUUACAUGGAUAAAAGUUUAAUGGAAUUCAUGGACAACAGCAGGAAAGCAAUGCGAUCAGCCAGUGGUCGUGAAGCAGAGCUGAAAUCAAUGGCCCCUAGACCUGAAAGCGCUUGAUUACAGCAAAUCUCUGGAACACAGCAGGCACUACAACACGGACAGGGCUUUAUAAACUGUUGUAUUUUUGUGUGAAUCCCAAAUAGCCUGUAACGGAAAAGGGAGUACAAUGGAUCAAAAUGUGCUUUUUUUUAAAAAAAAAAGAUGAAAACUUGAUUGUAAGAUUUUUUAAAAAAUUUCUAACCAGAAUAUUGCCAACUUGCGAAAAUAUGAAACCUGGUGAAAGCAAAAACGCUUUGGUUUCAGUUGCCUAGACUAAAAAUCAUUUAACACACUGUCCUCUACUAUCCAACCUCUGUAUGGGUGAAUCUUUUCUAACACUAUAGAUACUAUAUUAUGCUUUGUAGGUAAUGCUUAUAUUCUUUGUAUGCGGUGCCUGCAGAAUAUUUUGUACAGUGGCAACACUUCAAUACUGAUUAUUAUGAAUGGUAUAAUAUUAUAAAUAAUCUCUCUUGAGGCUGUGCAGCUUAGCCCUGUCCUGUUGCUAGAUUCAUAAUGGAAUUGCCAUACUAAAAACUCAGGAUGAAAAUGUUACCUAUUUAGUAAUUUGUCUCAUCAGUUGAACCAACAACUGUAGGAUCCUUCUAAAGUGGGACAGGCGACCAGAUGCAAGAUGCGUGUCAAAAUGGAACGCGGGUAAACUUAGCUUACAUGGGAUGAAAGGUGGUGGUUCAUUUUCCAAAUGUGCAACAUAAAAAGCAUCUUACGGCCCCCUGACCAGGGCUCGUCCAAUGUCUAGCUGAACCAUAUAGACCACUAGCAGACGCGUUAUCUGGCCUUAGCUAAGUUAGCCGGCCAGAGCCAAGAUGGGGCACCACGUUUUCCCAUGUUGCCUCUGGAUUGGAGGGAGAAGGGGAAGUUGCCCAGCAUUCUAACCCCUGGUUACUAUCAAGCGGCCCCUGCUGGAUGUGUGUAUAUAUAUAUAUAUAUGGAUGUUGGCUGAGCCCAAGGUUGGGCAUGAUGCUUCUAGCCACCAUACAGCCUGCGGAUUCUCAGAUUACUGUUGAAUAAUACCUUUUUUAGGUGGGUGAAGUGCAGGGGGUUGUGUAGCCCUAUAGCUGGGGAAUACUGGGGAAGGAGAAAAUUAAAUAACACAAAUGAGGUUUUUGAAGAUAUAUGGUCUAGGUCAAGUUCUGUUGGAGGAGUCCCUUUUUUGUCAUUUUGAAGUAGAUUAUUCACGUUCAGUGCAACUGAAGGCAGGGGCGUCUCGGGGUAUUGGGUUUGGUGCAACCUGGUUGGAUAUGUUAUGUGGGGCUGUGGCCAUGUUCACUUAAGCGUUGAAAGUUACUGCAAAGGGAUACUGAGCCAGCCAACAAGUAAUUGUUAUUGGCAUUAGAUGCCAUUUAUUUUUUUUGCAUCAUGUGAAGUGUUUUGCUAUUUUAUGUACUCUUUAAUAAGUUAUCUAAAAUGAAGCAGAAAAAAAGAAAAUCCUGCAGUAAAACAUUCCUAAGACUUUGAUAAACUACCAUCACUAAGUUCAAUUGUGCAGGGCUUUUAGCUCUUGAGUUUUUCUUGUAUUGCCCAGCGUUGACUUUCUCCGAGUUUAUGAAGAAGGCUCGUGUGAUUGUUAGUGGAGAUUUUCAGAAAUUCCAAAUGAUCACUGCUGGAAUCUGGACCAUUAGUUUGGGCAGACUUGAGCCUCCAUCACAGUGCUUUGAGUCUCUAGAAUAUAAUUGGCAGGAGGCAGAUGCCUCUGAAUGCUUUCUUGGUGACUCUGUUAUUGUGUUCUACGAGGCUUCCACUGACUGUGGGUAAUGGGAAAUUCCAUUGGACCCUAUGAGUCUUUAGCCUUUCUGUUCUCUAUGUUGGUUUUAUUUCUACCUACGGAUAACUGUUGAUCCAAUCCUCCUCAGUUUCUUUCUCCGCCUUGCUCUGCAGAGAGUCAGUAGUUACUUCUGCCAGUGCUUUGCCAGUUUCGCUUAAGAAGCAACAUAGAGCUGUUAUGUGGUGAGCCUCAUACUAUGGUUGAAUCAUGAGCUUAGCGAAUUUAAGGGCGUAAUAGUUGGCUUUGCUAAUUCCUAGUAAUUUUAGUUAAUGUUUCAAAUCUGCAAUUCGGCUCUUGGUAAACAUAAUCAAAGAGAAUGUAAACUAUAAUGGCCCAUAUACAAAGAUGGGCAUUAGAAAACCAAUAAUUAUUACUUCCAAAUGUACUAAGGCUGCAAAAAUGCCUUGGUUAGUUGCAGUGAAUUUGCAGUAACAGUUGUGAUGCUACUUUCCAUUCUCCAUUACAUUGCUGAAUAUUGGUGCCACUGUGUGGUAGGAAACCAGUGAUAGUUGAAAUCCUUCUGAAGUGAAAUCUAAAAGGUUGAGACAAGUAUGUAAAUUUAAACUAUAUGUUAGCGAAAUCAGCUGUGUGUAGUCUAUUCCUGGAUAGUGUUCCUAAGAUGAAAUCAGAAUUAUAUUACUUUUAGGAUUUAAAAAAGCUACACGAUUGUUUUUAAGGGACUCAAAUUGACUUGCAUUAUAAUUGGAAGCUAC